UACGCGCAGGCGCACACGCAGCGGAAAGUUCUUCCGUGCCAGGUCGUGCUGGUAAAGAAGCGGUACUUCCUCUUACUCCCGGGACAGAACUUCCCCUCAGGCAGGAGAACGUCCAUCGAACGAAAUGGAGAACAAAAGACCGCGACUGCUCGAGGAAGCGGACAAGCAGAAAAAGAUAGCCAGAGUGGGACUCAAUGCACCUUCCAUGCUACGAAAGAACCAGCUAGGUUUCCUCAGAUUCGCCAACUAUUGCCGUUUAGCUCGCGAGCUGCGUGUAAGCUGCAUGCAGAGGAAAAAGGUCCAGAUUCAUAGCUGGGAUCCCUCGUCUUUGGCAAGCGACCGAUUUAACCGCAUACUGGCGAAUACCAACACUGACCAGCUCUUCACAGUGAACCAAGUCGAAGCUGGAGGCUCCAAGUACGGCAUCAUCACCAUGCGAGGCCUGACGACCCCUGAACUCCGGGUAUACCCGCACAAAAGCCUCUACGUCCCUAAUCGGAAGGUGAAUUCUAUGUGCUGGGCUUCACUGAAUCACUUGGAUUCCCACCUUCUGCUGUGCUUCGUGGGACUCGCAGAUACUCCCAGUUGUGCCGUGCUGCUCCCAGCGUCGCUGUUCAUAGGUAGCUACCCAGGAAUGCGUCGGCCAGGCAUGCUCUGCAGUUUCCAGAUCCCUGAUGCCUGGUCCUGUGCCUGGUCCCUGAACAUCCACGCAUAUCACUGCUUCAGUACAGGCUUGUCUCAGCAGGUCCUGUUGACGAACGUGGUGACGGGACAUCAGCAGUCAUUUGGUACUAGCAGUGAUGUUUUGGCCCAGCAGUUUGCAAUCAUGACUCCUUUGCUGUUUAAUGGCUGUCGCUCUGGGGAGGUCUUUGGCAUUGAUCUGCGCUGUGGAAAUCAAGGCAGGGGGUGGAAGGCCAUUUGCCUAUCCCAUGAUUCAGCAGUGACCUCUCUGCAAAUCCUCCAAGAAGGGCAAUGCCUGGUGGCAUCAGACAUGACUGGAACUAUCAAGCUGUGGGACUUGAGGGCCACUAAAUGUGUAACACAGUACGAAGGUCAUGUGAAUAACUCCGCCUACCUGCCCCUGCAUGUGAACGAGGAAGAAGGAGUCGUGGCGGCCGUGGGCCAGGACUGCUACACGAGAAUCUGGAGCCUCCGUCAUGGCCACUUGCUCACAACCAUACCCUCCCCAUACCCCGCCUCGGAGGAUGACAUUCCCAGUGUGGCCUUCUCUUCUCGCCUCGGGGGUUUCCGAGGAGCACCAGGGCUGCUCAUGGCUGUACGGGAGGACCUUUAUUGUUUCUCCUACGGUUAAUUCUUCAGGGUGCAGCCCGGAGGAACGUGGAUUUGACUUAAAGAAGUAAGGAGUAUCGUAUUAUCGUUUCUAUGAGUGCAUUUUAAGAGAUGUUCGAUGUUUGUAGAUCCCAUCCAUCCGGCUGCCAGGGGUAAGGU